AUGCCAGACGAAAUACCAGCCCAAUCCUCCAAAGGAUUUUUCAAACCACCGGAAUACUCUACCAACCACGCUGAUAAAUUCUUUGCGGUCCUGGAAGGGAGGUUCCGCCAACACAAAGUGGAAGAUGAACUGGAUAAGUUCCUGACGCUUGCAAGUGCAGUCCCUUUCGACGAAUUACCAGAAGCAGCUGGGAAUCUCGUACGCAGACCGCCAGAGGAAACACCUUAUACUAAGUUGAAGGCAGCGAUUUUGGAAAACCUCCGACCAAAGGAUUAUGACGCGCUCCGAAAACGGAUGAAGGCUAUUCCUUUAGGUUCCAUGAAGCCAACCGAAUUUUUGAAUCGUCUCCGGACCAUCGCAGAUGAAACUACCUUGGCAAACCCUAUUUUCAAAACCGAUUUGCUUGCAGUUUGGCGUGACGCGAUGCCAGCUGAAUGGCGUCACGUCCUUGUAGUCGAGCCGGACAUAGACGAAGCUGCGAGAAAGGCUGAUGUUUUAUAUCAGUAUCAGCCACCGCAAGAAGUGAAUGACGCCCGUGCCAUAGUAGCAGCUGCGUCAGCGCCUGCUCCUCCUGCAGCGCUGCGCCCUGCCAUGAACUACGAGCAGCGUUUUGCCGCCCUGGAAGCAGCAAUGAAAACAAUGACAGAGGCAUUCAACCUGAGUCAGGUCGAUGACACCCGCGGUAGACAGCCGAAAAAGGGUGAUAACAACCGCGGUCGGCGAUUCAGCAGAAGUUCGGCGCCCCGUAAAGCACUCUACUUCCCACCAAAUUGUGACGACACCUGGUCCACCUUCAUUUGA